UGCCGUCACUUGCAACAGAUCCACAUCGGCAGCUCAAGCGUUCAGUUGAGCUCGUCGCGCACUGCAAACUCGCCGCAAUAACUAUUUUUGUGUAAUAUUUUGUGACACGCGUCUCGUACUCGCCUGGUGCAUUAGAAAAAGUCGUUAAAUCGCAGUCGUUCACUCUCGUUCUUUAAUUUAAUUUAAAUCCCAGUGCUAACACAAUAUACAAUAUGUGUGUCAAAGUGUGCUCAAUUGAUCUGUUGCUUUUACUGCUGCUGGCUCUACUCUCCAGAAUCAAUGCCGAGCUCAAUUUCAACAAUGAUCUCGAGAAUAAUCAGAAGUUCAAGAGCAUUCCAACAACCAUAAAAACCUAUGAGAAUGCCACCGUUACAUUGCCGUGCCAAUUGGACACUCCUUUCCGCUUUGUGCGCUGGCACCGCGAUAAUGUUGCUCUGGUGGAUUCGCGACAUCCCGAAGUGCCUCCUCCAGAUCGCAUUGUCCUCUGGUCGAAUGGCAGUUUGCAGGUGGCCAAUGUGCAGCCCGAAGACACGGGCGAAUACUACUGCGAAAUCAUGUCGGACACCAAUCACGCAGUGCAAACACAUGCCAUCGAAGUGCUCUAUGCACCUAUUGUGGCCACUGAACCCAGCGGCGACUUGGAACUGGCCAUUGGCACCACCUUCGAGGUAGUUUGUCUGACCAAAGGCGUGCCCCAACCUGCUGUUAGUUGGCGUCUAAAUGGCAACACUUUGGACCAAUACAGCAAUGCGGCCAAUCGUCAGAGUCACAUCUUCGAGAUCAAAUCGAGAGACAUGGCCGGACUCAUCGAGUGUCUGGCAGUGAAUGGCGUUGGUCCUCCAGCUGUAGCUGGCGUCUAUCUUCAUGUGCUCUUUGUUCCAGAGGUGUCGCUGACGCAGUCUGUGGUCUACACCAAGGUUGGCGAUCGAGCUCAACUCGAGUGUAUUGUGGAGUCUGCUCCCACGGCCACGUUGCAGUGGUUCCAUCACGGAGUGCCCAUUCACAUUGGCGCCCAGAUCGGCAGCCAGCAGAUGGAACUGCCCGACACUCAGUCACUCGAUAGCCAUGUGAGUCACAUAAAGCAUGUGCUGACGGUGCGCAAGGUGCGUGAUUCCGACAUGGGACAAUACGAGUGUCGCGCCAGCAACUCGAUUGGCUUCAAGAGUGCCACCAUUGAGCUCACGGGUCGCCCUAUGCCAUGUGUCUUUAAAAUCAAUCCCGGCACUCAGAGUUCCACUUCGCAUGUGCUCGCGUGGCAAACGGAGAGCUUGUUGCCCAUUAUGGAAUUUAAGCUCAAGUUCCGACAGAUUCCUUCAGCAAAUCUAACAAAGUCUGUCAGAACCAAUUGGACAGAGCUGACGAUUCCCGCAGAAGUUACAAUUGGUCCCAUUUACAUGACAUCCUACCCGCUGCAUGGACUGCAGCCGGCCAGUCUCUAUGAGGUCUCUGUGCUGGCCAGGAACAGCUUUGGCUGGAGCGACAGCAGCAAGACAGUGCGCUUUGCCACUGGUGGCGAGGUUGAGCUUCCCAAUUACUCAACGGAAUCGGAGUUGCAGUACGAUGCCACAGAGGAGAUCUUUGACAAUCAGAUAACGCAAAGAUCGCACAUAUUUACGGCCAGCAUGGUGCACAAUAACAGCGCUGUUAGCCAAGUUUACAGCGCCUUGGCUUACAUAACGAUAUGCUUACAAAUUGGCCUCGCAAUGCAUUACACAUAA